GUGGUGGUGGUGGUGGUGGUGGUGGUGGUGGUGUGGCCUUGUGGCCUUGUACUGUGCACUGCGGUGCAUGUGAAGAUGGGGCCAGCCUGUUGCUGCGCACUUGCAGUUCAUGCAGAAAGGGAAGCUAACAAAAAGCAAUGGCGCUGGAGGCUGCAGGAGCUCACGACAGGCUCUGGGAACUGAAGGGGCCCAGGAUGGUUUCAUCCAAACAGUGGAUCUUAAAUAUGGGCAACUGCUAGAAAAAGUGAAAUGAGAGAAAAGGGAACACAGGGACUUGUUUCAAGGGUGAUCUGUGCCCUAGACAGACAGAGAAAUGAGACAGGCAAGAGGCUGAAGGGAGCCUAAAAUUGGGAUAUAGCGUGUGAUGGCAGGUCGUCAUUAUAUGGCAGAGUUUCUCUUAGCAGGUAUAAAAUAAUGAUAUGAUUUAUAAAUGACAUCCUAGGUUUGAUGAAAUGUACCUUGAUCUUUGAAAUGGCCAUGAUGUAGAUGUUCCUGUGUAAUUUAUUUAAUGAAUCCCGUAAUGCAGAAUACGUGGGCUACUUCCAGGUGGAUGCCUGUGGACAGUGCUGCCAGCGACUGUCUUGGAUACAGGCCUCUACAUUUACUGAGUCUGUUUCUAGGAUUCAUUCCUAGAUGCUGUCACUUUUUUUUUUUUUUUAAACUGUUUGACUAUGUCCCUUGUGUCUGGACCACGGUCUGAUAUGUGCUUUUUCAAAUUGGUAGUUGCAAAGAGUGUUAAUGGGAUAGUUUUUUGAGUGCAGAAUUAGAUCUAGAUAUUACCUGGAAAAAAAAUCUAAAUUUUCGUUUUAGAAAUAAUUUUGGGAUUAGGUACUAGCAAGAUGGUAAUUACGAUGGGGAACCUGGGAAUCCCAGAGUCUUCCCCUACCCCACCCCCCAGGUCCUAGAGGUGGAUGCCUGAGAACUGGCAGAGGAGAGCUGGCCCGGCUCCCAGACUCAAGUGCUGCAGGUUGCGGUAACCUGGGCAGGGAAGUCAAAAGUGGUCCCUCUCUCGUGCUCCCAAAGACCUGUCCUGCCCCUGAGUCUCAGAGUAGCAGAGAAUGCAGCCACAUCCCUGUGCUUCAUAAUGUGAGGCAGUCCCCCUCUUCAGCCUUGUCCUGGCUCAUCUUCCUUCAGCUAGGGGCCGAAGGGGAGGGAGUGGUGAGCAGGGAAAUGGGAGGAGCCUUGACCUUCCCUCUGAAGGACACAGGGCAGCCCUCUUAGUUUGUUGCCAGGACUUUGAGAGUUGGGGUCAGAGCAGCAGGAAGGAAAUGACUUAGAGGCCUUACAAAUACAUCGGCGGCGCAUUCUUGCUUCAGACUUUACAAUUGAGGGCCAGCCCAGUCUGGAAGCACCUCUUAUUACUGUUACAAGGAAACUGCUACCUCAGCAAACAAAAAGAAAGGAGGAGGAGACUUAAAAUAACAAAUGCCAUUUUUAAAAAAAACGCUUGUUUUCAGAAAACAUCAAAGGAAAUUUGGAAAUGUUUUGCAUUGAGAAGAAGCUUUGCAGGUGAAUGGAUUUGGCAGGCAGGCUCUGUCAACAUUCUGCAGAGGUUUGAUCUUCCUUCUUCAGGACCUAGUGUGAAGUAACUGGACUGCUUUUUAAAUUGCUGUUGAUCAGCUUGUGGGUUUGGGGGUUCUAACUUUUCUGGUAUAUUGAAGAUACAUUAUAUUACAUUAUAUUACAUUUUUUAAAAGUUAAGUUAUUUUUCUGCCAUUGUAAAUACAAGUACCAAAAUAUUCUUGCAAAGCAAUUAUACGUAAACAUUUUUCUCGGCAAGCAUAUCUUUUUAUUAAGAGAGUGGAAUGCUAACAGUUCCUAUACAGCAUUUUGGACACAUGUUUAUUUUUGGUCAGGGGUCCUGCCUACACUGAAAAUAUUAAUUACAUAAACCUGUCGUUCUUGCAUCUACUUUGGGUCACAUGGUCACCUGCCUCAUGGAAAUGCCUUUUUUAAAACUUAGAUUUGCAGAACUCCACUAUUUUUAUACCUAGCUACAGUUCUGGGGGGAAAGAAAAUAGAAUCAGGACCCUGACCCGCUCACGGUCACUGGGACAGCCACCCCUCCCGCAUGUAUUGCUGCAGCGCCCAGGACAGUAAAAUGGACUACAAGCGGCGCUUCCUGCUUGGCGGGUCCAAGCAGAAGGUGCAGCAGCACCAGCAGUACCCGAUGCCUGAGCUGGGCCGAGCACUGAGUGCUCCCCUGGCGUCGACGGCCACCACCGCCCCCCUGGGCAGCCUGACCGCUGCGGGCAGCUGCCACCACGCCAUGCCCCACUCCACUCCCAUCGCCGACAUCCAGCAGGGCAUCUCCAAGUACCUGGAUGCCCUCAACGUCUUCUGCCGUGCCAGUACUUUCCUCACGGAUCUCUUCAGCACUGUGUUUAGGAAUUCUCACUACUCCAAGGCAGCCAUGCAGCUUAAAGAUGUGCAGGAGCACGUCAUGGAAGCAGCCAGUCGGCUGACUUCAGCCAUAAAGCCCGAGAUCGCCAAGAUGCUGAUGGAACUUAGUGCUGGGGCCGCAAACUUUACAGAUCAGAAGGAAUUCAGCCUCCAGGACAUUGAGGUGUUGGGGCGAUGUUUCCUGACAGUGGUACAGGUCCAUUUCCAGUUUUUGACCCAGGCAUUACAGAAGGUCCAGCCAGUGGCUCACUCGUGCUUUGCCGAGGUCGUCGUGCCAGAAAAGAAGAAUGGCGGCGGCGGCGGCUUAUCUGGCAUGAGCCACACACCCGAACUGGAGGAAGCCGUGCGAUCCUGGCGGGGGGCUGCUGAGGCAACAUCGAGACUGAGGGAAAGAGGCUGUGACAGCCGCCUGGCGGGCAUUGAGGUGCAGCAACUCUUCUGUUCUCAGAGUGCGGCCAUUCCCGAGCACCAGCUCAAGGAACUGAACUUGAAAAUCGACAGCGCUUUGCAAGCAUAUAAAAUAGCUCUGGAAAGCUUAGGCCACUGUGAAUAUGCAAUGAAAGCUGGUUUCCACCUGAAUCCAAAGGCAAUUGAAGCCAGUUUACAGGGCUGCUGUAGCGAGGCCGAGGCGCAGCAGACAGGGCGGAGGCAGACGCCCCCGCAGCCCAUGCAGUGUGAGCUUCCCACCGUCCCUGUGCAGAUAGGAUCACACUUCCUGAAGGGCGUCUCCUUCAACGAAUCUGCCGCCGACAACCUGAAACUUAAGACGCAUACGAUGUUGCAGCUCAUCAAGGAGGCGGGCUGCUACAAUGGAAUUACACCCAGGGACGACCUUCCUGUGACCGAAGUACUGAACCAGGUGUGCCCGUCCACGUGGCGGGGCGCCUGCAAGACUGCUGUGCAGCUGCUGUUCGGCCAGGCUGGUCUGGUGGUAGUUGACACAGCACAGAUUGAAAAUAAAGAAGCCUAUGCCCCCCAAAUCAGUUUAGAGGGCUCCAGAAUUGUGGUUCAAGUCCCAUCCACAUGGUGCCUGAAAGAGGACCCUGCGACCAUGUCCCUGCUGCAGAGAAGCCUGGAUCCGGAGAAGACCCUGGGGCUGGUGGACGUGCUCUACACGGCUGUGCUGGACCUCAACCGCUGGAGGGCAGGGAGGGAGCAAGCUUUACCCUGCAUACAGAUCCAGCUUCAGAGGGAGAUCUGUGAUUUUGGGAAUCAGGCUGACCUGCCUUCUGGGAAUGGAAACAAAUCUUCAGGUGGUCUGCAGAAGACGUUCUCCAAACUGACAUCCCGGUUCACCAAGAAAGCUUCGUGUACCAGCUCCAGCAGCAGCACAAAUUAUUCCAUCCCAAAUACCCCUUCCAAAAACAUCUUCAUAGCUGGGUGUUCAGAAGAGAAGGCCAAAAUGCCCAGCAAUAUUGAUUCAAGGUUACAAAGCAUUUUGAACAUUGGUAAUUUCCCCAGGACUACAGACCCCUCACAGUCCACUCAAAAUCCCGGUAAUCAAAUGGCCAAUGGUUUUCUCAUGGAGAGGCGUGACAACUUCCUGCAAGGGGACGAUGGCAAGGAUGAGAAGGGUAUGAACUUACCAACCGAUCAGGAAAUGCAGGAGGUGAUAGAUUUUCUCUCAGGCUUUAACAUGGGCCAGUCACAUCAGGGCUCCCCAUUGGUGACAAGGCGUAAUUCUGCUGCCACAGCCAUGGUGACUGAACAGAAGGCAGGAGCCAUGCAGCCACAGCAGCCACCCCUGCCAGUGCCCCCUCCACCACGGCCGCCCCAGGCUGGGGCCCACACUCCUCUGACACCCCAGCCAGGCCUGGCAGCUCAGCAGCAGUCCCCAAAGCAACAACAGCCCCAGCUCCAAUACUACCAACACCUGCUCCAACCCAUUGGACCUCAGCAACCCCCACCCCAGCCUCGGGCCCCUGGGAAAUGGGUACAUGGCUCAUCCCAGCAGCCAGCACAGCCUGUUGGAGCAGGUCUGUCUCCUCUUGGCCAGUGGCCUGGCAUAUCUGAUCUCAGUUCUGACUUGUACAGCUUGGGUCUGGUGAGCAGCUAUAUGGAUAAUGUGAUGUCGGAGGUUUUGGGGCAGAAGCCACAGGGACCUAGAAAUAACACCUGGCCAAACCGUGACCAAAGUGAUGGAGUCUUUGGAAUGUUGGGGGAGAUUCUGCCUUUUGAUCCUGCAGUGGGUUCAGACCCCGAGUUUGCACGCUAUGUGGCAGGAGUGAGCCAGGCAAUGCAGCAGAAAAGGCAAGUUCAACACGGUCGCCGCCCAGGCAACCCCCGGGGCCACUGGCCACCCAUGGAUGAUGCCCAUCGGACCUGGCCUUUUCCAGAGUUCUUCACAGAAGGGGACGGCCUACACAGCGGCUGGUCGGGUGCUCAGGCAGACUCUGCCAGCUCAAGUGAUGAGACGUCCUCCGCCAACGGAGACAGCUUGUUCUCCAUGUUUUCAGGGCCCGACCUCGUUGCUGCUGUCAAGCAGAGAAGGAAACACAGCAGUGGAGAACAGGAGACCAGCACGCUGCCCUCACCACCUCUUCUUAGCACCGUGGAGGACGUGAACCAGGAUAACAAAACCAAAACGUGGCCACCCAAAGCACCCUGGCAACACCCUUCCCCGGUGCCCAGCACGCUGCCGAGCCCGAACGCACCUCUGUACGCAGUCGCCGGCCCCGGCAGCCAGUGGAACGACACCAUGCAGAUGCUGCAGUCCCCGGUGUGGGCCGCGACCGGCGAUCGCAGCGCCGCCUCCUUCACCUACGUGCAGACCCCACCGCAGCCCCCGCCCCCACCAGCCCACAAGGCAGCGCCCAAGGGCUUCAAGGCCUUCCCCGGGAAGGCUGAGCGCCGGCCGGCCUACUUGCCCCAGUACUGACCCAGGGCCGGCCUGCCCGCCCAGAGCUGUUGGGGCCAGCAUCCCCACCCUGACUAGCUGGCACCAGCCCCCCCAGAGGACCAGUGCACCCCUGUCCCAGGCAGGGCUCCUUGGGGAUGGGGGUAGUUGGCAGCUCCAAGCCUUCAAGGCCUGGCUUCUCAAACUUUGGAGGCAUCGGACCCCUGGAGGGCCAGCUGGAGACAGGUUUCUGACCCUCAGGGAGAUGCUGGGGGAUCUUUGAGCUUAAUAAGCUCCUCCGGUGAUUCUGAUGCAGGUGGGCCAGAGGCCACACUUUGAGAAACACAGCUCUCUAGUUUGUAGUCCCACUGUGUGUGUUGGGAAGGCAUCAGGCCUAAAGGCUGAGAGCAAAACUGACCAUUCUUCUGAAACCCUCCCCUCCCCCUUCUUAACGCAUUGAGUGAUGACCACACCAGUCACUGUAUUUUAUAGCUAUUUUUCAUAUAGGUUUUUAGUUAAAACAUCUCCUGCCCCAAAUGCAUUGAAGAUUUUAAGAUAACAAAUAUAGAGGCCGGAGGUUUGUUCAACACUAUCUUUAUUUAAGCUUAAACAAAAUGGGCAAAGUAUAGAAUAUUUGUGAUCGGAAGCAAUCACCUGGGUUUUCUGUGGGUGGGCAGCCCCUCGCCACCCCAGCAGCACCCAAGGGGUGCAGUCUUUACCGGAUUUACAAAAGCAGGAUCGUAAAACUGAUGUCAGAGGCAUAUUCCUGAUGGUGCAUGGAGAUGAGCCAGCUGGCUGCUGUCCGUGUGCAGAGUCAGGCUGCACCUGCUGCCCUCAGAUCCACACAUGGCCAGAGGCUUUGACACGGUCUCGGAACGUGGGGGUGUGGUCAAGAGGCUGCACAGACACACCUGCACUUGAAAUUGCAGUUAACAUUUGUGAGCUGGCUCAAGACAAACCAAUUACGAUGUAGACAGGAAUUAAUUUAAAGUCUUUUCUUUAGAAAAACACAAACAAAAAACCACCUCAUUUUCAGUUAACAUGUGCCAUUAAAUAGAUGACAUCCUGUGGAUUUAAGGAUAUUUUCCAGCCAGAAUGGAUCCAGAAGAAUUGAAUGGUGCUUAAAUUGAGAAAUAAUAAAUAUAUCUAUAUAGAAUAGACAUAUCCCACUGUAUAUUAAUUGAGGUUACAGAAGUUCUUUAUAUAAAACUUAUUUAAAUUUUUCAUAUUUCACCUUUGAAAAAGUCUAAUUGAGAAAAAUCCAUAAUAUUUUCUGGUAUGAAAGUUUGACAGUAUUAAUAUUUUUUUUAUAUUUUCUUAAAUCAUUAAACCAUUUUAAUAUAUAUGUUAACUACUAAUAAAUGGUUUAUUCUUUCUAACUCCACAUAAGCUUUUCCAGCGAAGAUUGUAAUAACACAUUUAUGUUCUCAUUUUUCUACGGAUAUAAGUAAAUUUAUAUUUAAAAAUACCAAAAAGAAAAAAGAUAUACGUAUAUGUAUGUAUACACACCAAUUCAAGAGGCCCCUUAGGGUGUCUGAGCCCAGCCAUCUGAGUUCUUAGCACUGUGUUGCCAGGCUGCUCCCAGGGCUCGGGUGUCGUCUUUUGUGCUGUGGGGGUUGCCAUUGCUGCCUGUACUUCUGAUCCUUUCACCGCGGGUUCCGAACAUUCACCUCACCACGUUUACAGAGAACUAUUUUGUACAUAGACUUUUCCAGGCACGUGCUUUGCGCCCACCCCGCGUGGCCCUUGUCUGUGUUAGCCGUCGGUGUGUGCACUGAUCUCUGUUGAAGUUGUUUGUGGCUGUUUCCCUCGUAAGAUAGUUUUCUGUUCCCUUCAGUAACGUGUCCCCAGUCCCUUGUAUUUCAAGUUCUAUUAUACUGAAGUACUCUUGUUUUAAUAGUGCCUCCCCAAGGACCUCACCCUGGACAGAGGUCAGCCCUUGACGCCCCAGUGCAGGUGACGUCGACACCGCUAAUUGUCACUUUCCAGUCUGUUUUGCUCGACUAAGCAGGACAUUUCGUAAUUGCAUCUCCGUGGGCUGUGAGACUGUGUGAAACUGUUUGUGUGGUCUCCUUGCAGGUGCUGUGUUCUCAGCACCACCUUGCUCUGAACACUGGUUAUUCCAGGUGCUGCGCUCGGCAGAGGGGUCUCGCCAAAGCGCAUGUGUGUGCGUGUGUGAGUGUGUGUGUCCUUUGCAUGGCCGGGCGUGGCCGCCUUGCUCGGGCAUCAGCAGGACAUCGUGUGAAUAGUUACAACGCUUCCAAACUGGAACUCUACAUUUUGUAUCUUACUUUUAAAGCUCCUAUAAGUAAAGUAACUAUUGGCUUUAUUAAAAAUAUACAUUUAAUAAUAUCUUGUAUCUCUGUUUAAAAUGAACUGCAGCAGACAUGUGAGAAGCCCUGAUUCAUUACUUUGAAAAGCUGCACCCACGUUGCUUUUGAGGUCAGUUUGUCCUCUGAUUCUGAGACCUCGCAAGAGGAAAGAACCCUGGGAGUGUUGGGAUGAGCUGGAGUGGGUGGGCAGGAAGCUGACAACUACCGCACGUCUCCAGCCGGCUUCCCUAAGGCCAAAGGAGAUCCGGAUAGACGUCUGUGAGGACAGAGCCAGCGUCACGGUGAAGGAGCCACCUGGAGGGAUGCAAGUUCUCUCCUUGGGUUGUGGUCCGCCAGUACCCCCAUUCCACCAGCCAGGGGCGCUGUGAGCUGCCCAACCAGCCUUUCCAAGGAGCAGACCCAGGGAUGAGCUCUCCCCUUGCUCCACCAGAGACCCCAUAUUUGGCAAGGAGAUCAUACCUUACAGGGAGGGACAAGGACUAGUCUCAUUGGAGGAUGCCCUCCUGCUAAGCAAUGGGAAGCUUGUUCAGUGGGAACCACAAAGGGAGGGUGGGUUACAGGGGAAUUUCAACUUUUCAUUUACAGCAAGAUAGUACUUGAUUGAGGCUUCUUUUCAUGGCCUCGGGAAAAGAUACAAGCAUUAAUCUAUAACCUACCAGUAUAAAUACUAAGGCAUCUUUCUGCCCAGAAGCUGAGCAUGGGGACCAAGACCCAGAGCCUUCUAAGUGCACCUCAGGACAAGGUUACUUAGUAACAGCUAUGUUGCAUGAGUGUGAUAGGAAAUACACCAGAAGUACCUAUUAAAAUGCUAGCAUUUUAUUCAAGCAUGCUCUGUUUACCACCAGUACUUGGUGCUGUUCACUGGUUUCAAUUCACAGCAGUGGUGGAGACAGAAGAGUUGUGUGGCCGGGCUAUGUGCCGGAUGGGUGAGAGUGGAAAGCUGAACAGAUGUUACGCCUGAACAGCAAGAGGGUCCUUGUGAGGCUGGUGACCCUCCGUUUCCACCUGGGGGAUCCUGGGAAAGUAGGGCGUCCAGCUCAAAGAGUGUAGCUGAGCGCGGAACCUGCUUCGGAUCCUUUGUCGGCCCAUCUCUACCCCUCCUCCAUUUGUACUCUCUCAAAAAUACAUAAACGUUAAAAAAAAAAAAGUGUAGGGGGGUGCCUGGGUGGCUCAGUCUGUUAAGCAUCCGACUCCUGGUUUUGGCUGAGGUGGUGAUCUCACAGCUAGUGAGUUCAAGCCCCCUGUGGGGCUCUGCACUGACAGUGCAGGGCCUACUUGGAAUCCUCUCUCUCUUCCCUUGUCCCGCUCUCUCUCUUUCCCUCUCUCUCUCUCUCACACUCUCAAAAUAAGUCAAUAAACUUUAAAAAAAAUAAAUAAUUUUUUAAAAAGUGUAGCUGAAACACAGCAUGCCAAUCGUGACACUGUGAGAGGAUGGCCCUUUGUGCACACCGUGUGGCCACU